UCAGGGUUUACAGUCCUUCGACACAAAGGACCCUGUACCACACCAAAAUGUCUUUCGAGUAAUGGUACGAGGAAAAAUCCUACCAAAAAUGCUGCAAUCAAGUUUGACAGAUCAGAUGACGUUACCAAUCCGGUAAAAAUACAAGAUAUGUCCGCACCGCAUCGAUUGAACAGUAGUUUGGAAGUGAAGCAAAGUUCGGUAGAGUUCGAAAUGAAAUCGGAAGAAAUUCAUAGCUCAAAUAAUAUUUGCAUCCAUGAUGGACGCGACACAAGUGCGUUGCGGUUUUCUGAUUUUAUAUUGAAACAAGUGCGGAAAUUUCGAUCCCCGAUUGGCAAAGAAUACAUCAAGAAGAAAAGGUCGGUCUGUGGAAAUAUCAGCGAACUCGAAUUUUCUGCCCGUUUAACCCUGGAAACCAUGGAUAUAAAAUUGCAUAGCGAAGGAUGUCUGAUGUUGGUGAAUAACGAUCUACUGGCAAGCGUAUCUAUCGAGCAUCCAGAAUUACUGGACGGAACGGGCGAUUUCGAGCAAGCGAAACAAGUGCUGCUGGAGCAAAUUCGGAUUGAGGAAGUGCAUUUCGAUAAACUGCUUUUCAAACGGAAACAACAACUUACCGAAUUCAUGAACACUCUCCGAAAUGUAGAAAUGAAACCGGCCGCCACUCGUCAACUCGCUGUGAACUGUACUUUAUUAACAAACACUAUUAAUAAUGGUGAUCGCUCAGAUUAUCAGCUAGUCUGUCAGACCAUUGUGAACGAUCAAAUGUUUCCGGAGACACUAACCGUGGCCGCAACUAGGUUGUAUGACAUUGAAUAUUCUCUGAAGAGGAGAGGUGAACUUCUAGCAUGCAUUCCUGCUUCGCCGGAAGCAAAUUUUUCGGAAUUGUUGAAAGUUCUGCAGCAGAUUCAAACAACAGCCAGCGAUGUACACAGGAAGUGGUUAAUCGAACAAGCUCCAAAUUAUUUAACAAGCCAUUUGGAAAAUGUUUUGUCGGAACGAAUCAUGUUCAUUGACAGUAGCGAUGUUGAGCUUCUUGCCGAUGUCGGUCAAAUUUUUCAUGAGCCUUGUCACCGAAAACCUUUAGAAAACUUAGUCAGCUGUUUCAUCAAAAAAGUAAAUUCUAUGACAGUGAGUGAAGUUAGUCAACAGAAAUCAAUGAUUAACCCAAUGUAUGUUCUGCUAUGUAGAAGUCUUAUGGAACUGGGAAGCUUUCGCAUUGCAGAUGUAAUAAAAAUUGACCCCACGAUCCAAGAUUGGCAGCCAGUAUACGAGAUAACAUUUAAUAAUAUUGAAGGAGAAUCAAGGAAACGCGAAUGGCAGUUCAUUUUGAAGCUACUGAAAUAUUUCGAGCCGGGUUCAAACAGGGACUGUAAAUCGUACGAAUAUGAGCCGAAACUUCUGGUGUGGUCCAAGAAUAGUAUCUCUGAAAACUGCAAUUUAUUGAUCGAUCCUAGCCAAACCAUGGGAGAGUCGUUCAUUUGGUAUUGUCUGUUAGAUGAUGCUCUUGCGUCGAUUGCCACCAAAAGUCAGCUGACUGAUUAUGAGAAUGUUCUGGAAAAAUAUGUUUGUUUAAUUCGAGACGCAAAUCAAGAUCAACUGGAAAUCGUUAGAGUUGUAACCCACGCUUUGACUCACUUCAUUGCAUGUACCAUUGAACUUUCCGAGAAAGAUGAUAAACGUAAUUCGGCGCUCGAUAGGACAAUCCUACUGAAGCAACUUGAUCAUAUUAUUCCAUGGAUAUCGUUCAGUUCUUCCAGUAUGAAUCAUUUAAGCGAAAUGAUUUCUGUUUUCAUACGCUUUUGGGAAGAAAGCUAUUGCAAAAUAGCAGGGUUCCCAUCGAAAAUAGAUCUUCCGCAGAUGAGUGAAAUAGAGAAUUCAUUGUUUGAUGUUGUUUUACUGUCUUUAGACAAAAAUGUCGAAGCAGUACAUUUGUUGAGGUUUUUAAAUGAGUAUAAUGGUUUGGUUAGUGUCCUCAACUACGUCUCAUUUGAUUGGAUCAUCAGAGCGAUUCCCAAAGUCAAGAUGCAAGGUUUGAUUGAAUUAGACCUGAUUGAGCUGAUAGAUCACGAAAAGUAUCCGGGAUUAUUCCGAGUGCUAGAUCCGUUGAAAUUGGUUUCGAUUCUACCAAUUUUACACAGUGAUGCAGAAAUUCCCAAGCACCACGUGAUUCACAUCGUGAAGGCUAUCUUAUCCCUCUUUAUACAACAGUUAAAUAGAAAACAGUGGUCAUCGGGACUCGAACUAUUAGAAUUAGAUCAGAUAACAAGCACAACAAGUUUGAUUUCAUUCAUACGAAAUAGUAAAAAUCUUCAUGAUCAAUUAUCUUAUGAUUCAUUCGAUGACUUCAGUGCAGCAAAUGUGAAACUGAUAACCAUCAAUGUAGACGAAAGUAAAUCCAACAGUGAUUUUGAGUAUAGAAUUCGUUAUAACAAUAAUUUUCUCGAAAAUACCUGGAUUGAUAUUGAAUUCGAUGCAAACACGGCGUUCGACAAAUUCCAUGAGUUCAACCGCUUCGGUGGAGAACAGUUGCUGCGAAAAGCAUUUCUGCUUUAUUCAGAACAAUAUCAGCAAUACAUGUCUUUGGCAGAGAAGAACAGAGUCGUUCUAAUUGCAGAGCAAUUGAAAUCAACUAAACUUCUUCACUAUAGGUCUUGGGAUGCUCAAUUUAAGCAAGGUGAGAUCCCGAAAGUCCUAGCAGGUAUCGUGGCAAUGUGGUUUUCUUUUACUUUCAAGGAUGAAUCCGAUGUGCGAAGGACUCCCCAACUGCACAGUUUUCAAGUCUUGAGCAUUCUAAGGUUGCUAGGCGUCGAUGACUCAACAACAGGAGCGUCCAAGCAUUUUUUGGAGGUAGAAUCUAGACAAGGAAAAACGUUGGUCAUUGGACUUUCCGCGAUUAUGUUAGCUUUGACGGGUCAUUCGGUGCGCGUCGUUUGCAGCAACCAAGAGGUAGCUAAACGAAAUCGAGCUGAUCUGAACCGGAUGUCCGUCAUGCUAAAUGUUCGAGACAGUAUUAGCUACUGCAAUAGUGAAAAUUAUUACUUCAACUCUGUUUUAUCAUUAAAUGGUUCACGUGUACUUUUGUCGGGAUUUGCCCACGAUUCGAUUGAAUUCACGGCGCCUACUAAGAGGCUGAUGACAGGAGAUUUAGGUAACUCUGUGCUGCUGAUUGAUGAUGUAGACAUAUUUCGUACAGAAUGUCGUUACGAUAACGCUUUUAUUCUCAUCUUACCAGGACUUGACAAAAUUCAAGCUAUGAUUUGGAAUUUGACAACCAAGUCGAUAAAAGCUGAUAACAUAAAAAGUCGUAUUUAUGAGUACAUUGAAUCUCCUAAGUUUUCAGAAAGGUAUAUAUGGAAGAAGUUUUUGACGGAUUCAAAUCAAUAUAACAUAAACUACACAAACCAAAAGUUUUUCGAUGAGCAUUUAACUGAAAUGAUUGAAGCUGCUAGCGAAAUUUACACAAAUUUUCUUCACGUUCUUUUAGGCGGUUAUUACGAUAUUUUCAAUCAUUUAAAUCAAAACAAAUCGUACACUUCACCGAUAACUGGCGAUAGUAUCAAUUAUGGAUACUUGAAGAUAAGAUUGUCUGAAUUAAAUUUCGUUGCAGCAAUCAGAGAUUUCCCACUCGUUAUUGGAGUAUUCGGAAAAGCUUCCACCCAAAAGAAGGAGAAGCAUAACCUGGAACACAUUUGCGGAGUGAAAACAUGGACGACAAUGCCCUCUGUGUUCGGUUGUUCAAAACUUCAAUUCGACAAGAACAGUGAUUUUUAUGUGUUGGACACGGAAUCCGACUGGAUGGACAAAAUUUUCGACAGGGCUUCCACGUCUAUCGAGUUCCAUCGGCCAGUUAUUAUAGUUUUCCUAUCGAUAAGUUUUCUGAACAAUUUUAAAAACAAAUACGGCCAACAUUUCAAUCAUAUCAACUGCAUAUUCGAAUAUAUUAUGGAUGCUGAAAAGCAACGAAGUAUCGAUCAGAUAGGUGUUGCAGGAACUGUAACUCUGGUAAGCAGAUUGGCCGUUCAUGAACUAGACUACAAAUCUAGUUCGACCGUUGAAAAUGCUGGCGGAGUUCAUGUGAUUCAAACUUCACUAGAAGCAUCACGGAAGAGAAUCGGAUAAUGGGACUAACUUCUAGGCUAGGAAACAAAGGCAGUUACGAGUUAAUACUCCAAAGAUCUUAUGAAAGUGAUAAAUACCAUUACUAUGAUAUGAUCGAGAUUAGUUCGUAUCAAGAAGGUGAUAAAAGAAGAGUGACAACAAAUGAUGUAAUCUUACGGACCGUGUCUUCUGACUUAGAUAAACAACAGAAAGUUUUCCGAUUGUUUUUAGAAGCGCUUAGUAUUUAAUCAAACUUCAUCUACUUUCCAAAAUCUUUUUUCUUAGUUUGCGCAUUCCAACUUUAAAUGGGUAAAAAUCGAAAACUAGUUUAUCGUUUGUCAGGUAAAAUACUGAAUCUGUCACCACCUUCCGUUCCAGAUAAGUUAAGUGUAGUGGAAAUUAAAUUUCAUCAGAUUGACGAAAAUAUUAUCAAAAAAUUUAAACUGCUUAUCAAUCCGACAAUACUUUCUCUCCGGAAAGGGAACUGUUGAAUAUGUGCAAUGAAUUCAUCUCACAAAGUUUCAAUAUUUUGUUACAAUAUUGAAAGCUCCGAACGCUCGACUUUUUCGAAACAUGCGGACUCAAGCUACCAAGCCCCAAAUACUUUGGAUUCUGUCACGUGUAAGGGCCGCUAAUCUCAAGCUCGGUAUAACGAAAUGCCGAAUUAGCAUGCAUUGAACUGAUUGUUCAGUAAUCCAUAUGCUCUUGUCCGAUUUGUGUCAAAGUAAUGUUCUGAUCUCUCGGUAAAGCAAUGUCUCUACAGAAUAAAGCUGAGACAACUAGUAUUCCACAUGCAGAAAGUUUAAAAAUCAGGUGAAAUCUACUAAAUCGGAACAACAAUCUGGCGUAAAUCUGGAACAUUGGCAACUCUGGGUCAGACACCGUCAGCCGGCACUGAAAUAAAAAUGUUUUUAAUUUUCUUUAGAUUAUAUUAGGAAGUAAUAUGAAAUCUUAAAAGAUUUAUUAGAAGUAUAUAUAAAAUCUAGAUGAUAUCCAAUAAAUUUAAAAUGUUCGUAAUUAUAGAGAAAUUAUAGAGAGUAUCAUAUACUGCCAUUCUACGCAUAACUGUCGGUCAAUAUAGACUUUUGGCAACCAAACUGUUCAUAAACACAUAUAUUUUAAGAAAAUACUUUUGAAAAAAAAUUGUCCCAUCUGUAAUAUUCUACGCAUAACCGUCCCCCUGAAAAAAACAAGAUAUUUUUAAAAAAUAUAUAAUAAUGAUGCAUAGAAAUAUACUGAUUUAGCUACUAAA